CUUCAUAUUGCGGCAGAUUCUUAUCUGUGGCAGCAAAUUCCGACCGCUCUCAUUUUCAUCAUCAUCGUCAUAGCCAUAAUCAUAAGCUGUGCCACUGAAUGCGACUGUGUCAAGAGGAAAAUAUGGAUUUUCGAGAACAAGCAAGGCAAACUCGUACUUUCCGUUUCAUUAUUUGUUUCCCCCAUGAUUUAUGGCAAAAGAGAUUCUAUGGGUUUGACCAAACCUUCCAGUCAAUAUUCAGUUAUUUACGAAUAGUCAAAGAGAAAAGAUACCGGAACAUAUAACUAAAUCAGCAGCAUAUCCAACCUUCCACCGACUACGACAUUAUGACACUGUAUUUGCAGGUGGAAAAACUAAGGGGUCUGGAUAACUAUAAGGCCUGGGCCAUGACGGUACGCUCAUUUCUAGAAACUGAAGAUCUAUGGUCUGUGGUGGACAAUGGACCCGAUGGAACUGAUGAAGAUUUAUACAGAGAUAGAAAAGCCAAGUUCAUUAUAAUGUGUCUGGUGGAAGCUAAAAUUUGUCAAUUCAUGGCCUGCAUUCGAACAUCCAAGGAUUUAUGGACAUACCUGAGGAAGCAACAUUCUAGUCGAUAAAAGAAGCAGACUAUUGUAAAGAAAAUAUAAAUAAAAUGAUAAAUAUAAACCAAACUAA